AUGGAACAAAUUAAAAAUGAAUAUUAUCAUCCCAUUAAUCAACAUAGUGAUAAUAAUCAAACAUAUUAUCAUCAUAAUCAAUUUUAUCAAUUACAUCAUAAUGAAGAAUUCUUAUCAUCCGAUAAUUCAUCAUCAGAGACACAAACACAAACAUAUUUACAAAAUUCAUCAGUUACUGAUAAUAACAAUAGUGUUGCAUUGAUGUGUAAUCAACAAUAUUUUUAUAAUCAAUCAAUAAUCAAUUAUGAUGAAAAUCUGCCACCGGAUUAUUAUUCAGCGAUUAUACAAAAAUAUAAAAAUGAAAAUAUCAAUGUUGGGAAUUAUCAACAGAAUGAAGAUUCAUCGAUUGAUUUAUCAACAUCAACAACGGAUGAUUUAACAAGAACACAAAAUUAUCAUAAUCAAGAAAAUAUUAUUGAUGUGAAUCAGGAUAAUAAUAGUAUUAUUGAUUUUAUGGCAUCACCAACAUCUUCUGAUUAUACUACUCAUGCAGAUGAAUGUUUAAAAUCCCCACAAUGUGGUAAUAAAUCUCGCAAAGAACGUACAGCAUUCACAAAAACACAAAUACGUGAAUUAGAAACAGAAUUUGCAUAUUCCAAUUAUUUAACACGAUUACGACGAUAUGAAAUUGCAGUUGCAUUAGAUUUAACAGAGCGACAAGUUAAAGUAUGGUUUCAAAAUCGACGAAUGAAAUGGAAACGUUCAAAAAUAACAAACGUAAACAACGUAACUGAUAUGUCUACAACGUGUCUCAACGAUAGAAAAAUUGUUAAACGAAAAUUAUCCUCUAAGUUGAUGAAAUGUUCAAAUGAUGUUUAUAAUUUGUGA